AUGCCUAGCUUUAACCCAUUUAGAGACGAUGAUUCAGAGUCGCCAAUUAGAAGACCUGCUGAAGCUUAUACCCCUCGAGCUUCCCCAAGACACUCACCAUCGAAGGCUGCUCUGAAAUAUUCCCCUGCUAAACAUCUUCUGCCUUCUAAUCAAUCCGGUUCAUUUUUGAAUUCAAGUGACAUGGCGAAGAACUUUGUCAAUGACGCUGAAGAUCAAACUGCCCGAAAGAGAUUUACUUUGCAUGAAUCGCCCAAAAGGCAGAGACCUGUUUCUGCCUUGAUACAUGAUGCUGCCAUUAAUAGUGACAUGAACAGCCUUGAUGAUAAUUCAAUUGCGGACGAAGAUGAUAUUUUCAGCCAUUACAGCUCUAACAUUUUUAACAGUCCAUCCAAGAAGAGAUCUGGCCGAUCGGAUGACUUUGUAAAAUCUAUCGGCUCCGACAGGACAGCUUUGGAAAGAGCCAAGCCAAUCUUCUCUGCUUCCACAUAUGCUGCUGCAAAUUCCGACGUGGAUAAUCCAUUUACGGACGUUCCAAGCCUAUCGGCUAGCCGAAGAAACUUAUCCAGGGGCUCCAGAUCCACGUUACAUGAAUCUGUAGACUUGACCAAGAAAGAAACAAUGGAGUCCUCUUACUUAGAUACCCAAUCCACUCUAAAUGAUGAAUAUGACCUCGAUUCAGACAACAAUGAGAGUAAAACCAAGAAGGAUCAGACUUUUCAGUCCAGUUUGGACGGUCAUUUCUUCAAUCAGGUGUCCGGGGACUUCCAACCACGUCGAUACGGGGCUACACAGAAGAUAUUCCGUUCUAGGAAUGGUAACUUGAUUCUCGAUAAUCCAGUUCCUUCAAUCCUACACAGUUUUCUACCUGCGAAAGGUCAAGAUGAAUUUGAUUAUAUGAAGUAUUCUGCAGUGACGUCAGAUCCUAAUGAUUUCAUUAAUGAUGGCUUUACUUUGAGGACAAAUGAGUUAGGAAGAGAGACGGAGAUAGUGAUCUGCAUUACCAUGUUCAACGAAAAUGAAUCAUCAUUAACUAGAACAUUGCAUGCUGUUUUCAAAAACAUUGCAUAUUUGUCCAAGAGAAAGAAUAGUAACACCUGGGGUCCGAAUGCCUGGAAAAAGGUAGUGGUCCUGAUAGUGGCUGAUGGCAGGAAUAAGAUCAAUCCCGGCGUUUUGCAAGUGUUGGCCGCUAUGGGAAUAUAUCAAGAAGGUAUCGCGAAAUCUUUUGUUAACCAGAAGGAGGUCCAGGCCCAUCUAUUCGAAUACACAACUCAAGUGUCCAUUGAUGAAAACCUUAAAUUUGUCGGUCAUGAAACAGGACUUGUUCCUGUCCAGGUUGUGUUUUGCUUGAAAGAAAAAAACGCCAAGAAGAUCAACUCUCAUCGCUGGCUCUUCAAUGCUAUAUGCCCGAUCCUUCAGCCAAACGUCUGUGUGCUAUUGGAUGUUGGUACAAGACCUCACGAACAAGCAGUCUACAAUCUGUGGAAGGCAUUUGAUGUGGAUUCCAAUGUAGGAGGUGCUGCUGGUGAGAUCAUUGCCAUGAAAGGUAAGUAUUGGCGGAGACUCAUCAAUCCCCUUGUUGCAUCUCAGAAUUUCGAAUACAAAAUGUCAAAUAUUUUGGACAAACCAUGCGAAUCUGCAUUUGGUUACAUCAGUGUUUUGCCCGGUGCGCUUUCCGCAUACAGGUGGUCAGCAUUGAAGUAUGAUGAAGAAGGAAACGGCCCUCUUCAAAAGUAUUUUGAUGGUGAGAAGAGUGACGAGGCAAUUGGAAGAGAUAUCUUUAGCGCUAACAUGUAUUUAGCGGAAGAUAGAAUUCUUGCAUGGGAACUUGUGUCUCGUAAAAAUGCCAAAUGGGUCUUAAAAUAUGUCAAAAGUGCUAAGGGAGAGACAGAUGUUCCGGAAACAUUAUCGGAGUUUAUCUCACAGAGAAGACGGUGGCUUAACGGUGCAUUCUUUGCUGCAUUGUACUCGCAGCUCCAUUUUUACAACAUCUGGUACACGGAUCACUCAUUUCUCAGAAAGCUGUUUUUCCAUAUAGAAAUUAUCUAUAUGGCUUUAACACUUUUUGUCAACUUCUUUUCUGUCGCCAACUUCUACAUCUCGUUUUAUUAUUUGGCCGGAGCCCUCAUCACUAUUGCUGGUACUGGUGGAGAGGUUUGCUUCCAGGUGAUGAAUUAUCUCUGUAUUUGCACUCUCUUGGCUGUACUUGUCAUUUCUAUGGGUAACAGACCUCAAGGUGCGCCUAAGUUGUUCAUAACUGCCGUGAUAAUAUUAACUAUCUGUGGUGGCUAUGCCAUUGUCUCGGGUUUCUACUUUUUGGGUAUGAUGAUUUAUGAAAAAGAGCUGGGAGCAUCGAAUGGCUCAAGUUUCGACUCCAUUUGUAUCUCCUUAGCAUCUACGUAUGGACUUUACAUCAUCACAUCGUUCAUUUACUUGGAUCCUUGGCAUAUUUUGACCUCCUCUAUUCAAUAUUUCUUGAUGCUACCGGCAUACACAUGCCUUCUUCAGAUAUAUGCUUACUGUAACACUCAUGAUGUCACCUGGGGUACUAAGGGCGAUAACAUACCUCCAUCAACUCUUGGUAAGGCGACUAUCGAACGUGAUGAGAAGGGUCAGGAAGUGAUCAAAUUGGAAAUUAUCGGUGAACAAAGAGAUAUCGAUUCGAUGUAUUCUGAAAAUCUUUAUAAAUUGAAGGAGAGGAGGAAACAGCCUGAAGAAAUGAGAGAGGGUUCCCCUGUUAAACAGAAAAUUAGUGCCACCGAUUACUACAGAGACAUUCGUUCGAGAGUGGUGCUCUUUUGGGUCAUCAUGAAUGUCAUCUUAGUGAUGACUAUCAAACAGAUAUGGUCUGCUGAUUCUAUUCAGGACAAUAAGUAUCUGUCCUUCCUUCUUUGGACGGUUUUCGGUUUUAGUCUUUUCCGUUUUCUUGGCUCCUUAUCUUACCUACUUCAUUUGUGCAUUCGAAAAAUUGUUGUUACCAAGAACAAAUUGGAUAUUCACAGAAGGGGUAAGAGCGAUGCUGUCGAUAUGGUUAUGGCCCCAAACUAG